UUUGGAACCAAGAGGAACACAACUCGUUUGAAGCUGUCUGACGAUAGUGGAACCAGGCGUUUGUUGGGAUUUCUUUUGGCAAUGGGUCGCCGUAAACAACACUGUCCCAAGCGAACGAAUGAGGGAUCAGAGGAAUGCGGUGGACCACUCCUGGACGAAGCCAAACACGACCCAUCCUAUCCAUCCCAAGACGAUUUGACCGCCGACCACUCAAUGAUUGACGAACCAACGGCCAUGGAGAAUCGAGAUGACAAAGAUGUGGACCCACGGUUCGGCGGGUUCAAAGAGGAACUUCUCCGAUUAUCCAUGGAAUCCUUAAAGUCAGGGCCACCCGACCACCGAGUCCGGCCAACCAAUCCCGAGAUGGCCAAGCUCCUGCAAUUGCAAGCGGCCCAUGGCAUGGCCUUGCAAGCUCGAAUGAUGGAAUCGAGACAACCACCGACAAGUGGGCCCUUGGACCUGACAAAUACUUUCAGAGGUCAUAGUCCCACAAUGGCCUAUCCACAAAUGCCCUCUAAGCUCCCUCGAAUCCCUACUUCUCAAGCCUCCAUUCCAUUCCCAUUUCAUUUGAUGUCCUCCAAUUUAUCUCUACCCACGGCUGAUUUAGAGAAACGCAUCUUCAGUGAAUUUAAGUCGUUCCCAGGCCUCUGGUUUCCGCGUUUUAACCACCCCGGCCUGUUGGCCCCCAUCAACCCUUAUGCUAAUUUGUUUGUUGACAAUCCACACUCGAAAAGUGGCGGUGGAAGUGGAGGAGGACCAGGAGGACCAGGAGGACCAGGAGGAGAUCCCACCUUGACUACCAUGUCGACCCUUCAACGCAUGUCUGAAUUGGCAAAGACAUCAAACGACUCGUCCAAACUCAUGCGAACUCAGCCAGCCUCUUGGAGUGCGAGUCGCCGGGUCUCGCAAGAGACCAAUGCCGAGAUCUUCAAGUGCGUUUGGUGCCAAGAACGUUAUUCCACUUUGGCAGAUCUCACCGCACAUUUAAAAGAGGCCAAGCACAACUCACUUCCCGGAUCAGCUCCACAUGCUUCGUCAACUCCGCCGUCAAUGAUGUCCCCGUCAACCUCGAGUCCAUCCCAUGACGAGUUUCGCCCCCCUUCCAAACCAUCCUCACCCAAUUGCAAGUCCCCUAAGGACAGCUCCAAGGAGCACUCAAUCAACGUGCCUAGGAAGCUGGUUCGAGGCCAAGAUGUGUGGCUGGGCAAAGGACAGGAACAAACACGGCAGAUCUUAAAAUGCAUGUGGUGUGGAGAGAGCUUCAAAAGUCUGGCCGAUAUGACGGUGCAUAUGCAAGAGACCAAGCAUUACACCAAAGUCAUCUCACAAGAGCAGUUAUCCUCCUGGCGUACAACCACAUCGGGAUCGGACGACAAGCUGGAAUCGCCCAUAGGAUCACCGCCAUCAAAGACUCCGGGACUGAUCCCAAGCAUUUUAAGUUGCAAGGUAUGUGACAAGAGUUAUCCCACCCUGAAAGAGCUUGGUGAUCAUAUGGUUGAGGAUAAUCAUUCGGAAGGCAAAGAUCAGGGGCUUGAAAAUUCGUCAAGGAAGCGCUCGUACACUCCUAAAGAGAAGAAGAAGAAGUCGUUGUCAGUGAGAAAGUUGCUUGAGUUGGAACGUAACUCCAUGGAUGGCACGGAUUUCCAAUACAAGCGCUCCAAGACCGAUUUCGACCACGUCGAUGUCCCAAAGAAGCCGUCAGACAGUUCAUUUGAAUCAUCGAAACAGUUUCAGUACCACCUGAAACCUCCCAUUGACCCUCGGGAUCGCGCUUCAGUGGGAUCCAACGCCAAUAAACCAGGGAAGAGUGGUUCCAUUUUGGGAUCGCUCGAGAAGAUGAUUGAGACCAAUUUUGGUAACAAAAAGCGAAGUGCCAAUGGGAGUAUCCUCCAACGUUGCGGCAUCGAGGACAGUCCCGAGCAUCCGCCCCCAAAUAGCAUGGGAGGAGGCGCAGGAGCAGGAGGCGGGCCCAUGUUUUCUGACCCAGUACACGAGUUCUUCAAGAGCCAAUUUGCAGCUGCAGCAGUGGCCAUUUCCAAGCAUUCCUCCAUGGACUUUAAGGCCAACUCGGUGCCAAUGAACAUGCUCCAUCGGCUGAUCAAUGAGCAGAAAAAUAUGUCCGUCACCAAAUCUGAAGUAGUGACCUCGCCCUCGUCUGGCUCCUCGUCCUCUCCGUCAGGCGUCAUUUCGUCGUUCUCACCGACAAUCCAUAAAAGUAACGAUAACGAUCUUACGAUGAAAAUGAAAGCCGACUCCUCAUCCUUGCUGCCUCACCAUCCUCUCGAGGCCCUUCGGGAUAUGUGCUCCUCAGAGGAGGUGGGUCCACGACAAAGGAAGAUCCAGUCUGGCGAGGCCGUCGUGGAGAGUUCCCUGAAUUUGUCAUCACCUUCACAAGAGUCAUUUCAGGAGGAUAAUAACAAUUCUUCUUCCUCCACAGCCUCAUCCCCUCAACCCGAGCCCUCCCAGACCCACCACCAUCAUCACCACCUUCACCGACAACCACGAAAUCAAGUGAAGGAAGCAGAAGAAAACGAUGACGACCACCACGACCGCGACGCACUUGCAUCACUUCCAAUGGGUAGAAGUCAAUCUGUAGAAUCGCCACCCUCCAAUAAUAGGGAGAAUGAGGAUGGGACUCCCAACAAUGGGGAAACAACUUACAAGAGCGAACCACCAUCCACUGAUGAUGGACCACUUGACUCGGAGGCUGAGGCUGGCCAACCAGAUGAGAAUCAAGUGCUGCUUAACGGGAAAGAGAAUCUGGCGGACAAGAAUCGGCCGGAUAGAAACUUCCAAAUCAGGAAGAUCAUCAUGAACGACGAAAGCUCGUCCGAAUCCAAGUUCUUGAAGUAUUCAGAGUUGGCCAAGCAACUCUCUGGACGGUAGUUUUAGCCACGUGCAGUAGUAGUAUAUUUAUUCGCUCAAUCGUUAUCUGGUUUCAUAUGCGAUAUUUUCCAAGCCUUGAACAAAAUGACUCUUCCUGCUCCUUUCUUCUCCAUUGAUCUUCCGCACCUUCAAUUUCUACUCAGAAACCUCUGUUAAUAGGAUUCAUUAUAAUAAUAAAAAAGAUUUUCCAAAUGUGAUAUAAUACCAUUAAGAGUUCGCGUUCCUUUUGUCAUCUUUCGUUGACCCGAUCCCCCUACCUUGCUUGUACUUGAUUGUCAACCAGACGAAACCCAAAAAUAUUCAACGAUAUCAGUCAUCCCUUUGUCUCCUUUCCUUGAAAUACAACAAGAUAUUAUUACA